AAGUUUCACGUAUAAAUACCGGGGGUUCAUCCGGACUGCAUCAUUCUGUUGCCUCCUCGUUUACAUUCAACUUGUUACUCCAGUGUUGACUCAACAUGAAUUAUUUCCUGGCGUUGGUUGUUAUCAUCGGGACAGUGUCUGCGGACGUGGGCAUCAUCCAGCCCUUCCCGCCGCAGCCUGUGUACCAACAGCAGCAACUCUACACAACAGAACCAAUCCCCAUCAUAAGACAAGAGCAUGUGCAGAAUCCCGAUGGAUCUUAUAAAUGGAGUUACGAGACUGGUAACGGCAUAUCUGCUGAAGAGCUCGGCUACAUCAAGAACCUCGGCGUGCCCGAGCAGGAGGCGCAGACCGCGCAAGGACAGUACCAGUAUACAGCGCCCGAUGGACAGGUCAUACAACUCAAAUACACAGCGGAUGAAAAUGGUUUCCAACCCCAAGGCGCUCAUAUUCCCACUCCUCCACCAAUCCCACAAGAUAUUCAAAAGGCUCUCGACUAUCUCGCUACUUUACCUCCGCAGAAUCCUGACACAAGAAACUUUGGACACCAAUAAAAUUAACAAAAAUAAACAUACAAAAAUUGAGGCUUGAUUGUAAACUAUUAAUUAAGUUAUACUCAUUAGUAAUUUUAGUGAUAUUUAACACAAGAUUAAUGUGAAUGGCAAAUAUAUUUUUUACUUAUAAUAUUGUGUGUAUUUCGUUAAAAUAAAGUAUUAUGAGUUAUUGA